CUGUAUACACAUUUAAAGUUCUUAACUUUACAGAGUUAAGGCGGUUUCUUACUCCCAAAUUUUGACUGUUAUAUAUACUUCAGACUAGUAUAAUGUUUUCAUUCUUCAAAUUCAAGGUACCAAUUCUACAUAACUCAGAAAAAGAAUCAGAAAUCAAAUAGGAACCCAGUUCGUAAGAAUCUCCAAAGAAAAAAACUUGUCAAAAGAAAAACCGAAUUCAAUCCUAGAAAGGACAAUGGGUCGAUUUUACUUUUUCAAGAUUCUUCUUGUUUCAGCUAUGAUUUUGUCUCUUUUUUUCUCACAAGGAUCUGCAAGAAAUUUAGUAAGUUUGGGAAAUGGUGAUCAUCAUUCUACUGUUGAUGUAAAGAAUGGAAGAAAGAUGUUGCAAGUUAAUGUCAUGGAUUAUCAAGAACCAGGGGCAAAUCCAAAGAACACUCCUGUUUUGCCUCCUCCACCUCCUGCAAAAGGCUAACUGUAUUUUACAUGUCUUGAUUUUCUUAAUAUACAUGUCUUGAUUUUCUUAAUAAUUACUAAAGAAAGAAAAGUUCUUGAUUUUCUGUGUUGGAUCUUAAUUUUGUUUGAUAAAGUUUUGAGAAAUGAGAGAAAAUUUUCUCAUGUA